AUGAUAUCAUCAGACGACGAUGGAGGAGUGACCAGAGGAUUACCACCAGGUUUCAGGUUUGAGCCGACAAAUGAAGAAUUUGUGGUCGAGUACCUCAAGCGCAAGAUAUUCUCCCUUCCUCUUCCCGCUUCCGUCAUCUCCGACCACAUCAACCCUUAUGACACCGAUCCCCGUAACUUGCUGCCUCCACCAGCUGCUUCUGGUGGAGAUGUGGAUCAGGGGAGACACUUCUUCUUCUUCUUCAGCAAAGUGGAAGACCAGAGAAAGGGCAAGAAGCUGAGAAGAUAUUAUUGGAAAACAUGCGGUACUGAUGUUGAUGAAGAGCAAUAUAUCCUGUCACCAAAGAGCGAGAACAAUGCUCUAAUGGGUGUAAAGAGGAUUCUAAUUGCCUCCCAUGGAGCUGGGGGCGAGAACUGCAACAACGAGCAGGCCUCACCUUCACCUUCAUCAUCAUGGGCAGUGGGAGUGGGUCAUGCACGAAUAUCGCCUCAUCCCUACCCCACAUAUUGCUGCUGCUGGUUGCUCAUCCAACUCAUCAAUUCUUGA